AGAUUGGUUUCAAUCAAAAUAUUUUUAAGUUUGAAAGAAUGAUGUUAAAGAAUUUACUGCAUUGUGUACUGCUGGUUCAUUCUGUCUUAGCACAAGUUAUUUUCAAUGAAGUUGAUUUUGGAGGAUCAAAAGUUGAAAUGAUUGCUUUGCCUGGUUCCUAUCCAAGUACUAAAGCACAUAUUAUCUCAGGCGCCAAAGUUAGAAAGUACGCCUUUCUGAUUGGUGCAGACUAUCAAACUGAAACUAUUUUUAAGAAAAAUAUUCCAUCCUUUCCAAAAACUGAACAAUUUUUACUCGUUUUUUAUAAAGAACAGUCAGAUAGUGAUACCACUCUUUAUGCUGACUUUGUAAAAGAAAAUAUUUUAGAUGCUAUUGUUUUCUCACCCACUCAAAAUGAUCCAAAUCAAUUCUCUGACAAAAUACCAGAAUGGGACAAUAAAGUUCUCUACAUUUCUAAUGGUGCAAAUGCAUUUUCAAAGUGUUUUAAACAGGAACCAUUCAUUCCAAAUUAUUGGUUUGAGAGGCCUGUUACUUUGUUGACAGCAAAUGAUUGUCCUGAAGUUGACCCAAAUGCGGGUGGGGAUCCACAUUUCUCCCAAAAGGUUGUUGAUUCAAAAACUAGGAGAAUGAUGAAUAUUUGUUAUGAUAUUGUUGGCAAAAGUAGUCAAUCAAUUAAUAUUUUGAAUGAUAAUUCUACAAAUACAAAUGUUCAAGGUGUCCUUAAAGAUGAUUAUUACAUGCAUCAGAUUAUUAUUCAAUAUAAAGGUGGAGUGAUUAUUGUUGAUAAUACAUUCAUUCAAAUCAAUAAUAAAAAAAUGAAAUGGGCCAACCUGGUUAAAUACAAAGUUCAUUUUGCCACUGUUCAUGUUAAGUCAACUGAAGAAAUUCAAAUUGAAACAUUUUAUAAAAAAUUCAAAAUAGUCACAAUUGUCAAAAAAGAGUUUAAAUCAUACAGUGGCUCAUUUCUUAAUGUUUACUUUGAAGAAUUGAAUGUAUUUUAUGAAAAUCUUGGAGGAUUAAUUGGAGAUAUUGGAAAAAAGACAUACAUUUUCAAUGAUGAAAUCCAAGUAAAUUCAAAUAAUGUUAGAGUUGAUAAUAUUGAAAUUGAAUCAACUGUUACAAGAAGAUGGCUGAAUGAGUGUUAUCUCCUUCCAAUAGCAGAACUAAUACAUCCUAAAACAAUAUCAGAUUAUAUUCACUAAUCAAAAUUCUUAGCCAAGCAGCAAAAUCUACUGACUACACACCAAGGAAUAAUGAAAAAAUUUAAUCUAUUUGACAGACUUAGGAUUGUAAUUGGGUAAAGAUAAUCAAAAAAACUUUUUUCUCAUGUUAUUAUUGGUGUUUAUUGUUAAUAAAUGUAGA